AUGCGCGGAAUAUCUGCAAUUUUUUAUGACUAAUCAAUUGUAGAACCUUAAAAAGGAGUAUUAAUACGAGGUUAUACACUUUCAGAGCUAAAAUAAAAGCUUCCAAAGCGCAAAAAAGAUUCAAAUAAUGACCAAGAACCGCUUCCUGAAGGAAUUUUUUUUCUUCUUUUAACUGGUUAAAUUCCCACGUUUGAAUAAGUAGAACAAGUAAGACAAGAAUGGGAUGAAAGAGGAGAAAUAUCUGAUGAAUUGUAAAAAUUUAUACAAAGUUUAGAUAAUGAUUUACAUCCAAUGACAAUGCUUUCGUUAAUAAUAUUGCACGAAUAGCGUAAAUCGAAAUUUUCGUGUUUAUAUCAAGAUUAGAAGUUGCAUAAAGAAAAUUAUUGGGAAUAUGUAUAUGAAGAUUCAGUUGAUUUAAUAUCAAAAUUACCAAGGAUAGCAUCUAUUAUUUAUAGAAAGAAAUAUAAAAAGGAAAUUAUUUGCCAAAAUUAUGGCAUUGGAUUUGAUUGGGCUGAAUAAAUGGCAUUUAUGAUGGGAUUUGAAGAUAAUUAUGUCGUAAAUGAGUGCUUUAGAGCAUUUUUGAGUCUUCAUUCAGACCAUGAAGGGGGUGAAGUUUCUACUCAUGCUUCUCAACUUGUAGGCUCGGCUUUAGGUGACCCUUAUUUGGCUCUUUCGAGUGCUUAUAAUGGAUUAGCUGGGCCUCUACAUGGACUUGCUAAUUAAGAAGUUUUAAAAUGGAUUCUGUAGUUUGCUUAAUAAUACGGAUAUAAUCCUACAGAUUAAUAAAUUGAAUAUGUUGUAGAUUUUAAUAUUAAAAAUGGAAGAGUUAUUCCAGGGUACGGACAUACUGUACUUAGAGUAACUGAUCCUAGAUUUACACGUUUUUAAGAAUUUUCACAAUUAUAUUUAAAAGAUAAUGAAAUGAUAAAACUUGUUCAUUAGUUUAGCAUAGUAAUCCCUUAAUGUCUUAAAAAAUAUAAAAAUAUUAAUAAUCCUUAUCCUAAUGUUGAUGCACAUUCAGGAGCUUUACUUUACUCACUUGGAAUUAAAGAAUUUUAAUUUUAUACAGUAAUUUUUGCAGUUUCUAGAAGUUUGGGAAUACUUUCGAAUUUGGUUUGGUGUAGGGCGUAUGGUUUGCCGAUUUUAUAUCCUUAAUCUUGUGAUUUAAAUUAUUUGAAAUAAAUUUUCGAUAAGUAAUGA